UACAUCCAUCAAAUAAUUCUUCAAGUGACGAUUUACAACAAAUCAUUCAUUCCUUAUGAAUGAAAAUAAAAAACAAAAUGCAAACAUGUAAAAUAAUUUCGAUAUUAUUAUGUUUAUCAUCACAAUACAUUGUCCUGAUUGAUAAUGCACCGAUUGUACCGAUAUUAACAGCAUUAGCAGCAUCAGCUGCCGGUUUAUUUCAAAUACAAAUUGAUACACUUCAUAUUGCUAAAUAUAUUCGUGAUGCUUCGCAACAUAAACGAAAUCGUGGUGCAUUUGUUCGUGAUCUAUUGUAUACUGCUUUCUAUCGAAGUGGACAACAAUAUAAUGUUAUUGUAUUUAAUUUAGCCGAAGAACAUCAACAAAGAUUAUAUGGUGUAAAUUUUUAUGGUAGUGUUGCAUUUAAUGAUGGUACACGUUAUGGUAUAUGGGUAUUUGAAAAUGGUAUAUUUGAAAAUCAUGGUGCACGUGGUUGGCAUAAUUGGGGUAUGAUUGGUUCAUUUAAAAAAAGUAAAGAUGGUUCAACUAUUUAUUUUCAUCGAAGACAUCGUACAUCGACAACAACCAUUGCAACGACAAUUGAUUCGACAACAACAACAACAAAAACAUCAACCCAAAUGACAUCAACAAGCACAACAACAACAACAGUAAUUGUACCGGUUAUCGAUUUAAAAAUCGAACACUUACAACAAGUACCUGGUAGUAAUAAAAUAUUUUCCAUACAAAAUAUUGAUGAAAUUGAAUCAAAAAUCAAUACAACCACUUAUACAGAGAAUCCAUUGAAAAUGGAAAAUUUACAAAAAAUAUUUGAUGAUAAAAUAUUUCAAGAAAAUAAUGUUACCGAUAUAAAUGAUGGCACAUCGGAACCAAAUGAAACAAAAAUUAGCAUCAAAAUUGAAGAUAGAAGAAAGAAAAAUAAAUCCAAAUCAAAGAAAAAAGCAUAA